GGAAAUAAAAGUACAGUGACUGCAUAUAGAUAAAGCAGCGGCAGUCAUCGCAGGGCAGAGGAAGGAGGAAGUCUGUAUGCGGAACGACGACAGCGACGGUGGAGUGUGAGAAGAGACGAGCACGACGACGUCGAGGAGUGCGAUGAGCAGAGGUGCCUGAGAAAAUUGACGGGCGUUUUCUCGUCGUGGGGAGUGAAAUAAGAUAAAAAAAACGAGAAAGAGAGGAGCGAAAAACAAGUGGUGUGUAUGCAGGGAUGAGUGUUUUCGGUGAUUUCCAACGGGUUUGGGUGGAAAGGUUCCCGGACAGCGCUUUACCUGCUGCAUGGGAAGAGGAUGUAAGAGCAAAUUUGGUUAAACAUAAAUUGAAGGUAACUGUACUCAGGGAAGAGCUUGAAAAGGAAGAAUUUUACGUUGAAUACUUAGAGAGACUUUUAGCGGAUGUUGAAAGACAUAAACUAGCAAAUGCAUCAUCAUUGUCAGAAUCUAAAGCAUCGGGUACCGAUUCUCCGAACCAACAGAGUUUUCAUUCGGCGGAAACAAGUGUUUUAAACUCUACAACUCAUUCCGAAGAAACUGAAGAUUCAGCUCCACCUCUCCCUGCACGCGAAGACCUCAGUAAAUUACAAGAUAAGUGUGUGAACGAAUUAAGUUCAACAUUAAGUUCAAGUAGGCGACCAAAAAGUGAAAUACCAAGAAGUCCUGAGAAAGUGCCUGAAUGUAGGAGAAACAGUGAUCCAGAUGUUCCAAGUAAUUAUAUCACUGUCAUCCAAGUAACGGGUAAUUCAAAAAAGGAUAAAAAUGAAGAUUCAGUGAAAGAAGAGGACGAAAAGAGUUCUGAAAAAACAGUUGAAGAUGCAGAAGAUGGUGAUGCUGAAGCAUCAGAAGAAGAACCUUAUUAUGAUUCGGUAGCCCUUGAUCAAACUGGAGAAUAUGUAUAUAUAGAAGCACACGCUCCUGCAGUUGGUAACAAUGAAGCUAAAGUACAAUUGCGAAGGCCACCUUCGCUACCGGACUCACCAGGAAAUCAAAGCAAUUAUGUCAACAUCGAUUAUUUUAUUCAGCAUCGAGCCGCAAUGGAUAGCGAAGAUGAGGAAAAUCCAGCUCCACCUAUUCUGUUACGUACCCUAAGUACUGAUAAUGAAACUGGAAGUAGCGACGCCGAGCCUUUAAGUUUGAGCGAAGGUAGUUUAGAAUCACCAACUCCGACAACACCUAGACGACAAGAAAAGGGCAAAAGCCAAGACGAUGAUAGAAAUUCGAUGGUUAAAUGCAUUAUUAAUUCUGUAGUGGAAAGUGAGGCUAUAUAUGUUGAAUGCUUGGAUGUUAUGAUACAGUAUAUGAAAGCCAUCAAUGCCACAGUGAACACAUCGCAGCCUGUCAUCUCUCAAGAAGAUUUUAAUACCAUAUUUUACAAGAUUCCUGACUUGCAUAGGCUACACCAAGAAUUUCUGGACGAUCUGCGGCGAAAGCUCGAUAGUUGGGAUAAUAAAACAACAAUCGGAGAACAAUUUAAGAUAAUGGCAAGCAAAAUACGAGACUACGGCGCUUUCCUUCACAAUUAUGCACGAGCUACGGACACGGUGCGCCGAUGUUCGUCACAAUCUUCGCAAUUUGCUGAAAUCACAAGGGAUAUAAGGUUAAGAGGCUACCCAAAGGGACCAGGGUUGUCCCUUGAGGAUCUCUUACACAAACCCGUUGCUCGUGUUCAAAAGAAUGCACUAGUGUUACAUGAUUUACUAAAGCACACGCCGCAGAGUCACGCGGAUCAUGCGCCUCUUUCAGAAGCAUUGGCCAUGACACGUAACUUCCUCGAUGAAUUUAAUAUUAUACAAACAAAGUCUAUGUUUAAGAGUCAUGAUAGAGCUCAAAGAAGACUCGUGAAAAAUUCAUUUGUCGUAGAGCUAUCGGAUGGUCACAGAAAAUUGAGGCAUUUAUUUCUUUUUAAUGAUGUAAUUUCGUGCGCUAAGUAUAAGGCAUCUGGGAAAGAUAAAUUUACCUUCGAAUUGAAGUGGUUUAUUCCCAUGACAGAGGUUGUUGUUAUGGAAGAUGGUAUCGAACCUCGGGAGAAUAGUCCAGCAAAUGUAGUAGUAUUAAGAUCACAAGCUUGUAUAGUUAGAGAUCAGAUUUUAUGGGAGGAAAAGAAUGACGAUAAAAGAAUUCGACUAGGUAGUAGAGGUUCUGAGAAAAAUAGAAAAAAAUUAGCUGAGCUGGAGGCACAAUUGGUUUUAGCUUCUCCAAAUUUGAUUCUUAAAGUUGGUCAAAAAAAUCAAAAUCGUAUUCAGAAUUCAUACACAUUUUUCCUAUCAAGCGAAUUUGAAAGAUCUCAAUGGAUCGAAGCUAUCGAAGCUUUGCAACAGGGUGGCCAGCCACCUGGACCAUUGCCACUCAACAUGUAUGAUUUGAAAGCAUGGAUAGCAGCAUGUCGAACUUAUUUACAAACUGAUAUGGGUAGUUAUUUGCUACGUUCCGGUCGAGACGAAAGUUUAUUAUUAGGCGAUUUGCAACUCACUUUGUUGGGACUUACGCCACCUGGUCUGGAUAGACCUGGCGACCUUUACAUAGUUAUAGAAGUUGACAGUUAUGGACAUUACUUUAAAAGGGCAAAAAGCCACAUAACUAGAGGUGAAGCACCUACUUGGGGUCAAACUUUUGUCGUCGAAUUGGAAGGAAGUCAAAAUGUUCGAAUACUGCUUUACGAAGAAUGUGGAUCACGUUCAGUAUUAAGAGGAAAGUGCGCUCAGCGUUUGAGCAGAUCGUGGUUACUCGGUGAUCAAGUCAAGAGAUCGUUAAAUUUGGGCCCCGCUAGUCUGGACGUCUCCCUCAAAUUCAUUCCAAGCGAAGUUACUUUACGACGAGUACCUUCCGCCAAACCACAAGGUCUAUUCGGAGCAAAAAUACAGCAAGUAUGCAAGCGAGAAAAACGUGAUGUACCAUUCAUCGUAACGGCUUGUGUACGCGAAGUUGAAAAGCGAGGAAUGGCAGAGGUAGGACUUUAUCGAGUUUCAGGCUCUGCCUCGGAUGUAGCAAAAUUACGUAAAUCCUUCGAAAGUAAUUCAUACGAAGCCGAACAAUUAUUAAAAGAGGUGGACGUGCACUCGGUAACCGGAGUACUAAAGCUUUAUCUACGCGAGAUGCCCGAGGCCCUGUUCACGGACGCCCUAUACCCAGCCUUUCUCGACGCCUUUCAAAAUGGCGAACUGUGGCGAGGCAGUGCCCUUCGACGCGUCUACGACGGGCUGCCCCAAGUUAACAAGGCGGUAAUCGACUUCCUCCUUUCGCACCUCGUGCGCGUUAACAAGCACGAGGCCCAGAACAAGAUGUCCCUACACAACCUCGCGACCGUCUUCGGACCGACACUCUUGCGACCCGGCACGAGUAGCCGCGCCGAUCCGAAGAAUCGCGAUCCCUUGGCCGCGGGCACCGUGGACGUCAUGGCCCAGGCUGGCAUUCUUUAUUGUUUUCUGCAAAUGCAGUUACUCCAGAAUAAUCAAUCAUCACUCUAGUCGACGCGUGUAACAAUCGUCUUUUUUGUUGUUGUGUUUUCUGCUCCUUUUUUUUUUUUUUU